AUGUCUGUCAAACCGACUGGACAAAGGGGCUGGAGGAGUGAGAAGAAGGAAUCACAUCAGGUGUUAGCCACGGAUGAGAAGCCAUUUAAUGACUACAGCUCACGCAAACGAAAAGAUAGGGAGACGUACCCGCCAUUGCCUUGCAAAGAUGAAGAGUUUCAUGCCAUCCUCGACACAAUGAUUGCUAACAGCGCAAUCAAACCUCUCAGGCCCUACAAGGUCCCCACCAGGGAAGAAAAAAGUGAUCCCAGAUACUGUCGCUACCACCAGUUUGUAAGACAUCCAACCACCGCUUGUCAGAUUCUUGAGCUUCCCUCUAGGAAGCAGGCUAUUGAUGAGGACCCUUUGCCAAAACGGAGGGGGAAAGAAACAGCUGUUGUUAUUACGUGUUCAGAUGAUUUGCUCGACGAUGACGAAUUGUGCCACCCAUGGAGGAAUGAUCCAAAGCCACCAGAGGCUAUUUGGGAGCCUUGUGGAAACAUGGAUAAAGCUUACUGGUGCAAAUACUUGAAACCGUCAAGCUACGACACGCCAUGGCCACUCGCUGAUGGAUGGGAUGGCUGUGCAGACAAUGGGGUGUUCAUGUUGGACAUGCCGGAAGAACAAUGCCAAAAAGCCUCGUCCGGACAGCAGGAAACGUCUGCUGUGACAUUUCACACCCUUACAGAAGCUGAGGUGACUGUAAUGGAACGAUAUCUGGGCUCGAAGCAAGGACCCACAGCUUCACAGGCCCUCCAGAGGAAUCUUAGAGUUAAGUCACUCUUUGACCAACUUGGUUUCGGGCUUCAAGCGAGGGAAGCAGCUGCUGUAGCCCUUAUGAAUAUUUCUGCAGGAACCAACCCCCAUUGCUUCACUGCUCAACCUCAAAGGUUAUUCUUGGAAAAUGACAAUGCUAUUGUUUUCACAGACGAGGACAUGGAAGUUCCAUACCCGGAUCAUAGGAGGCCGCUUUACCUGGAGGGACAAAUCAAUGAUGUGUUCAUACGGAGGGCUCUGGUAGACACGGGUUCUUCUGUUAACAUCUUGCCUCUGUCUGUACUUACAGCAGCUGGUAUUCCACUAUCCAAGAUCGUGCAGUCCCAAACGAGCAUUAGCGGUUUUGGGAAUCAAAGUGAGGUUACGGUUGGAUAUAUGCAAGUAAAUUUGAAGGUAGGGCCCAUCCGGUCACUUACCAAGUUCUAUGUGGUGGACGUAGAUGUGGCUUAUCAUGCUUUGUUGGGAAGGCCAUGGCUCAACAAACAUAAACUUGUGGUCUCUACGUACCAUCAAUGUGUAAAAGGAAGAAUUGGGCUAAGACCACUCCGUAUACCAGGGAAUCAAGCACCGUUCAAUCAAAGCGAAGCUCACUACUCCGAGGCAGAAUUCUACACUGAGUGCACAGGCGCCGGAAGCAACCCAUCCAAGAAUUCUGGGACUUACCUGCCAUCGUGGACCGAGAUUCGUGAUCUGAGCAAUGAGGAGCUCAUAACCAUCGUCGAUCGAGAAAGAAAAAGGCACUCGGAGGCCAACAACCAUGCCUACGAUCAUCCUCAAUGCUCAAAGGUUACGCUGCCAGAUGGGCGCAGUGUAUAUCGCUUAUGA